AUGGCGUCGCCGGUUGGCCCGCCGGAGAGUGUAAGACAUGCAACGACUCCCGCUGUGCUUCAAGAUGAGGCUGGGACGUCAAUAUUGCCCACCGAGAACCUUCCCGGCGUGGACUUUGGAGCUCACUUGAGAGAAGAAAAGGUAGUGGAAGACGAUACUACUAUCGUAGGAGAACAACAAGAUACGGGCUCAUACUUCGCGGGAGCCACACGGCAGUCAGACGUACCGAAGCCGACCAGGAACAUCAGCCCGGACGAGGCUACCUACCAUAAUCCGGUGCCUGCAUUGAAGCGAGGACGCACAGCGCCGGCACAUGAUUACAGAAGACCGACCGCUCUCGCGAGAAGCAGUACGUUACUACAAAACAUGCGGCGACGCCAGCCCAGCGAGGCAUAUCAGUACCAGUUCGAUCCAAUGUCGUCCGCCUCCGAUACAAGCUCGUCCGAAGAUGAGGGCAUGGUGAAAGAGAGGAAGAAGAGGCCCCAGGCAAAGCGUGUGGAGAACACCGCUAGCAAGAAGGAACAGCAGGAACAACAACAAGCGAACCAAGAUGCGAAGAAAGGUCGCUCGUACUCCAAGUUCCAUAUUGACAACGAUCAUUUCAGGACCAAGGGCAAAGUCUCUAAGAGGGACGGCUGCCUUAACAUCUCCAUGCAUGAGACUGCAAAUACUGGAUACCUAGCUAAGGCAUUGGGUCAGACGAUCAAGCAUCGUAUCGAUAUACCGAAUCGAAGAACCCAAGGGAGGAAACACCGGCAGCAUCUUCAUGACCAUCCAGAGGCUGAUGCUGAUGCACUACCAAUUGCAUCUUCCUUGCAUACCAAUGUCAAGCGACCGAAACUGAACCUAGUCAUAAUGGUGAUUGGCAGCCGGGGAGACAUUCAACCUUUUCUGAAGAUUGGCAAGAUAUUGAGAGACGAAUACGGGCAUCGAGUACGAAUCGCGACACACCCGACUUUCCGAGACUUCGUCGAGAAGGAAACCGACCUCGAGUUUUUCAGCAUUGGCGGAAAUCCAUCGGAGCUUAUGGCCUUCAUGGUGAAAAAUCCUGGACUCAUACCUGGACUGCAAACAAUCAAGGAAGGUGAGAUACCUCGAAGGAGAGCUGCAAUGGGUGAGAUGUUCGAGGGCAUGUGGCGCGCUUGCAUCAACACGACAGACAACGAGAAGGAUGCACAAAACCUCAAGAUGAUCGGUGAGAAAGAGCCAUUCAUCGCGGACGCAAUCAUAGCGAAUCCGCCAUCUAUGGCUCACGUCCACAUUGCCGAAAGACUUGGAAUUCCGUUACACAUCAUGUUCACGUUCCCCUACAGUCCGACCCAGGCUUUUCCACAUCCCCUGGCGAACAUUCGGACGUCGAAAAGCAACGUGGACGAGUCCUACGUCAACUUUAUGUCGUAUCCUCUGGUAGAGAUGAUGACGUGGCAAGGCUUGGGCGACAUUGUCAACAAGUUCCGAGUCAAGACGCUCGGUCUCGAGCCGGUCAGCUCCCUGUGGGCUCCUGGAGCUCUCUACCGCAUGAAAGUGCCAUACACAUACAUGUGGAGUCCUUCCCUGGUCUCGAAGCCGUCCGAUUGGGGUCCGGAAAUUGAUGUCUCUGGCUUUGUUUUCAUGGAACUGGCCAAGAACUUCAAGCCCGAGCAAGAUUUACUCGACUUCCUCGAAGCUGGAGAGCCACCUAUUUAUAUUGGUUUUGGAAGCAUCGUGGUGGACGACCCUAACACUUUCACGGACAUGAUCUUCAAGGCGACGAAGAUGGCCGGAGUGCGCGCUCUGGUCAAUAAGGGUUGGGGAGGCCUUGGGCAGAGCAACGAGGAUACACCAGACAACAUUUUCAUGCUUGGUAACACUCCACAUGACUGGCUCUUUCCCAAGGUGAAAGCUGUAGUGCAUCAUGGCGGCGCUGGCACAACUGCGAUUGGUCUCAAGCUGGCCAAACCAACUAUGAUUGUGCCCUUUUUCGGCGAUCAGCCCUUCUGGGCAGCACGCGUAGCAGAAGCUAAAGCAGGAGCCCACGAAGUCACACCUUGGAAGAGACUCACAGCAGAGAAGCUUGCGGAGGGUAUUAAGCAAUGCUUGGCAGAAGAGGCGCAGCGUAACGUGCAGAAGAUGGCCGAUGGCAUUGCGGCGGAAGGAGACGGGGCCGCCAAUGCUUGCACAUCAUUCCACAGAUCGUUACCUCUGGCCGGAGCUCAAAACAUGCGGUGCUCGAUUCUCGACGACAGGACAGCGACUUGGGCCUUGAAGGGUUCAUCGCUACGUUUGUCACCGCUGGCGGCUGAGAUUCUCCUCGAACGCGGCAAGAUCAAGCCUAGCGACCUCAGGCUGUUCCGUGUCUACAGCUGGAACGACUUCGAUGGCGCGGGUGAGCCAAUCACCGGCACAGCCGGGGCCCUGAUAGACUCGUUCACAGAGAUAGGCGGUGGCGUAGGAAUGGUGCCGAUUCGAGUGGCACAGCACAUGAAAAAGCGGACGGAGCACGAACGUAAGAAAGCGACCAUCCAGAGGCGAAAGCAGGAGCGUAAAGCAGAGAAAGAAAAGAGUAAGGCCGUCAAAGCUGGCACAGAGACAGCUACAUCUACCCAAAGACCAGCCAACAACAGAGCGGAAACGUCAAACACGUUGGGGUCUAAGAUGUCCGCGGAUCCGACGACGCCGCUGGCCAUGGAGCUGGUGAGAGAUUUCGAAGAAGGUAUCAAGCGGUCGGGCGCUGCCUUGUUGACCAUGCCCAAUGAUCUGCACGUGGCUAUUGCUCAAGGCUUCCAUAACGCACCAAGACUAUGGGGAGACGCCACAGUCAGAAAGCCUGUGCGCAUCACUGGCUUCAAGACUGGCUGCAAAGCUGCUGGGAAAGAAUUCACCUACGGCAUCUACGACGCUUGGACCGGCCUCGUCACACAGCCAGUUGGUGGGUUUCGCGAUGCCAUCACUGUUCCGGGAAAGGUAGGUGGGACAGUCCAUGGUUUUGGCAAAGGUGUUGGCGGCUUCGUGCUCAAGAACAUCAGUGCCGUCGUGUCACCGCCUGCAUAUAUCGGUAAAGGUGCCAUUGUCUACCUCAAGAAGAAGAGCGAAGGCAAAGGCCCUGGUUCCAAGGCAUAUAUUAGGCGAGCCCAUUUCAUAAGAGGCCAGAAAGACGUGGAGGCUUUACGUUUCUCGGAAGAUCCAAAGAAGAACCAACAGCUGCAGGAGAUGGAGGACGAGGUCACCGAGGGAUGGAAGAUCUAUGAGGAGAUUUGGACAACCGCGCACAAUCAGUAUGGCGACAUUGGCGGCAAUGUGGUUGGCAAAGUGAAGCUCCAUCGAGAGAAGAAGCGAUGGGAGCACGCAGGUGCACUCGAGAACAAAUACACGGCACAAAGAGCGCUUCAGGUCAGGCUCACGGGUGAAGACAUGGACAAGCACUUUGCGAAGCGCCGGAAGGAGAUUGCCAUCGCUUCAGCUCCUCGAGCUCCCGCGAUGGACCAGCCGAGUACCUACGAAGAACAUUCUGACGUGUUUCCGAACGGCAUGAAGAUACGUACGCCUGAUCCGCCAUCAAAUCAGGACAACAAGGACGGCGAAUCAGAUGAUGGAGUUGCAAAGACGCCAGAAGGAGACCAUGGCGAGAACACUGAUGUCGCUACCCCGACGAGGAUGAUCACAAAGCUACAUCAACCACAAGCACAUCAUCGACCAAAGUAA